UAGAAGGAGACCUAGAACUACCUAUCGACAGUAUAUUGUGCUAGUCAAAAGAACUCGAAAACUAAGCAAUAACUAUACUUGAAGAUUCUUCCUACACCUGAAGAUUUCAGAUUCAAGAUGCUUGGAUUAUAUGAAAAGUUGACCCUGUUGGCAGCGGUGUCAUUGUCCCUCCUGGCCUCUCUGGCCCUGUCUUCCCCCGUGGUAGGUCCAGAGCCUAUCCGCUGUGCCCCCUGUACCCAGGAGAAACUGAAUGAAUGCCCGGCCAUCUCCCCAGACUGUAAGCAGGUUCUAAGGGAGCCGGGAUGUGGCUGCUGCUUAGCAUGUGCUCUGGCAAAGGGGGCAUCCUGUGGGGUGUACACGGCCCACUGUGCUGAGGGGUUCAAAUGCAGCCCUAGAUCUGGAGACCCCAGACCUCUCUACUCUCUCACUAGGGGACAGGCUAUCUGCAUCGAGGACAAGGGACAAGAGGUAGUAGAAUGGUUGACAGACCUCAGCUCCCUGCCCUACCUCCUGGGACUUAACAGCCCCUUUGACCCAAGAAAUGAGGGGAAUCAGGAGAGCAUCAAGGCCAAGGUCAAUGUUAUCCGCAAGAACCUGGUGGAACAGGGGCCCUGCCACAUUGAGCUGCAUGCAGCCCUCGACAGGAUAGCCAGCUCUCAGCAGGAACUAGGAGAGAAGUUUACCACCUUUUACCUCCCCAACUGUGACAAACAUGGCUUCCACAAGGCUAAGCAGUGUGAGUCGUCUCUGGUGGGACCCCCUGCCAGGUGUUGGUGUGUAUCCACCUGGAAUGGGAAGAAGAUCCCGGGGUCAAAUGACCUACUAGGAGACUCAGAGUGUCAGCAGGAGCUCACUCACUAAAGCAUGGACCCUCCGACAUACAUUUACAGUAUGCAUAUAAUCGGGCACAUAACACACACUCACACACACACACACACACACACACACACACACACACACACACACACACACACACACACACACACACACACACAUGGACAGACGCGUAUGGACAUAUACUGUGUCAUUUUUUACUCAGCUUAAACACUACUUAACACAUACCUACACACAUCAACAUCCACCAAAUACACUGACUUUCUUUCUACAAAUCCAUACAAAAACACUCUCAUUCACAUGAGCACACAACAUAACAUUUUAUUUAAACAAACAAAAAAUUACUCUUAAUUUAUUUACAUGAAGUAUCACGCCUUAUUUAUUCAAAACGUGUAUGUGCUUACUAGUAUGAACCAUUUGUAAUUUUUAGAUUAUUUAUAUGUUUGUCUAUUUUCUGAUUGUAAAUAGGGCAACAGUGUAUACAUUUGUGUUUCUGGCUAAACAACUCCAUCUCUGAAGACCACAGGUCUCCAGCUCUGCCAAACCCAGUCCAGGGUCUUCAGAAUCUGUUUUUGAUUCAUUCAACCCAGUGGACUUAUGUAAAUGAAACAACACAUCCACUCAUUCAGUCGACAUGUUGACAGUGUCGGAAUGUAUUCUCAUUGAUAUUUCCUCAAUGGGCAUCGGGGAAAUACUUACAAGUGCCACAAGUACGCAUCUGUUGGCCAGGCACAAACAUGUCACUGCUCAUUCAAGCCACAGUUUAGCCUUUUAUCUACCUCUACUGGUCUGUGCAGGUCUUCUAGUUUAGCAGAGGUUUGUUGUGACACUCGUCGGCGCACACACCGCCCUCCUCAUGUAAAGUCAUUGUUUUGUUCGUCUGAAAUUACGUCUUAUCUCUUUUUGUUUAUAUUUGAUGCCAUGACUAAAUGUCUAUUUAUUAUAUGUCAAGCCGCUGUUCCUGACAGUGGGUCAGAAAUCAACUCAGCCACAAAGAAAAAGAAAUGUCCUCUCACUGUCAACUGCGAUUAUUUUCAGCAAACUUAACACGUGUGAAUACUUGAAUGAACGCAACAAGACGCAACAACUGAGACAUAAGCUGAACAAGUUCCACAGACAUGUGACUAACAGACAAAAGUAACAGUCAGUAUCUGAUGUGGCCACCAGCUGCAUUAAGUCCUGCAGUGCAUCUCCUCCUCACUGGAUUUGCCAGAUCUUGCUGUGAGAUGUUACCCUACUCUUCCACCAAGGCAACUGCAAGUUCCUGGACAUUUCUGGGGGGGAAUGGCCCUAGCCCUCCCCCUCCAAUCCAACAGGUCCCAGAAGUGCUCAAUGGGAUUGAGAUCUGGGCUCUUCACUGGCAAUGGCAGAACACUGACAUUCCUGUCUUGCAGGAAAUCAUGCACAGAACGAGCAGUAAGGGCUGGUGGCAUUGUCAUGCUGAAGGGUCAUGUCAGGAUGAGCCUGCAGGAAGGGUACCGCAUGAGGGAGGAGGAUGUCUUCCCUGUAAUGCACAGCGUUGAGAUUGCCUGCAAUAACAACAAGCUUAGUCUGGUGAUGCUGUGACACACCGCCCCAGACCAUGACGGACCCUUCACCUCCAAAUCGAUCCCGCUCCAGAGUACAGGCCUCAGUGUAACGCUCAUUCCUUCGACGAUAAACGCGAACCCGAUCAUCACCCCUGGUGAGACAAAACCGCGACUUGUCAGUGAAGAGCACUUUUUGCCAGUUCUGUCUGGUCCAGCGACGGUGGGUUCCAGCCUCUCUCAGCCUAUUGCGGACAGUCUGAACCUGUAGCGCUGUAGCGCUGUCUUAGGCGUCUCACAGUACAGACAUUGCAAUUUAUUGCCCUGGCCACAUCUGCAGUCCUCAUGCCUCCUUGCAGCAUGCCUAAGGCAUGCUCACGCAGAUGAGCAGGGACUCUGGGCAUCUUUGUUUUGGUGUUUAUCAGAGUCAGUAGAAAGGCCUCAUUAGUGUCCUAUGUUUUCAUAACUGUGACCUUAAUUGCUUACCAUCUGUAAGCUGUUAGUGUCUUAACAACUGUUCCAUAGGUGCAUGUUCAUGAAUUGUUUAUGGUUCAUUGAACAAGCAUGGGAAACAGUGUUUAAUCCCUUUACAAUGAAGAUCUGUGAAGUUAUUUGGAUUUUUACGAAUUAUCUUUGAAAGACAGGUUCCUGAAAAAGGGACGUUUCUUUUUUUUGCUGAGUUUGUUUUGAGAUAUGCUGCGAAUACUUUUUGUUUGCUUUUUUACAAUAUAUUUUUUUAAAUACAAUUUUACAUGUAUAGCCUCCCUUACGAAAAAGGAUUGCAGUAAGUUUGCAGUGUGAGUGCAGUGCACUGCAGCCAUUCUGCAAUUACUUCGUCCAAAAUACCACAGCCGUCUGCAGUUACUGCACUUUUACAGCAGUUUUAAAACGUCAAUCUUUUUUUUGUAAGGGCUAUGAUAGUUACUCUGUUGAUAUUCUGUGCUUUCAUUAAACAUGUUAACCUCA